GCAACUUUUCGAAUCUGUUUUAAGGACCUGGACACUGCCAUGCGUGGUGAUUUCUUAGACCGUCAUCCAAGGGCAAUACCAGAAAAAUGUACCUUCUGGUAGAGGAAUUUCAAGGGCGCUUUUUAAGAAGAAAAGAUUAAAUUGACUAGAGUUGUAUAUGGAAUCGCGAAUAUUAGGGUUUGGCCAUUGCAGAAGUAUUGGAUGGAGAAGAAAUGACCUCUUGUGCAGCACCAAACUGCCUUCAUUAACCUUAACAGCUGCUCUGCACACAGGGUCACCUUGCUGUGCCAUCCCUCCAGCUAUCAGAGUGACGGAGGAACCCGACACGCUGUACCAGAGUGUGGCCGUACUUGUGAAGGGGCACGACAGAGCUGUUCUGGACAGCUAUGAGUUUUUUGCAACCUUGGCUGCCCAGGAGUUGGGCAUCACCAUUGGCAAGGUAUAUGAACCUUCAAAGAAGAUUGAACGGUUCACCCUUCUGAAGUCUGUUCACAUUUUUAAGAACCACAGAGUCCAGUAUGAAAUAAGGACACAUUAUAGGUAUAUUGAGCUGAAGCAUUUGACUGGCUCCACAGCGGAUGUGUAUCUGGAGUACAUCCAGCGGAACUUGCCAGAAGGGGUCGCUAUGGACGUAACAAAGACUGCUAUAGAAAAACUUCCAGACCAUAUUAAAGAGCCUUUGUGGAGUUCCUUGUCCAUGCAGGAGAAGCCCAGUCUGUGAUAUCACACCAAGUACAGGAGAGAGAGUGAUUCAUCUCGUAGGACAGACAGUGGACAGACCCAGUGAUUGAACUACACAGCCUGUGAAAAUCAUGUCUGUCAUUUGAGAACAGCAAAGAAUUAAGCUGUUUUCAAGCAGCAGGAUACAAUCAAAGCACUAUUUAGAACUUCUAAACAAGGUCUUGCAGAGAAAUUGGUUGAGAAAUCACUUCCGCUUGCUCGAAGGUCCUCUGUCAUUGUUCUCUGUAUUCCACUGUUCAACUAGUUCCCUCAGUUCUUCCUACAGAGACCCUGUCAGAGCCACAGUGUUUUCUGAGGGGCCGCGGCUGAUACGGGGCUCACCUGUGCAUCUUGUUUAACGGCGGAGAAUAUAGCAAAGUGUUAUAGAAGUGUAGCAGAAUGAUUAAAUAAAAUUAUUUGAUAUUUGAAACCUGC